AUGCCAGAAGAAUUUGCUGAAUUUGCAACAACCAGAAUAAUUUUGGACUGCACUGAGCUUUUCAUUCAGUGUCCAUCUGCAAUGCUUGCACAGUCAGAAACGUGGUCUGAUUACAAGUACCACAACACUUGGAAGCUACUAGUGGGAGUGACACCAAAUGGCCAAGUGUCUUUCCUUUCAGACCUUUGGGGUGGACGAGUGUCUGAUAAACAAAUAACUCGCGAAGGUGGAGUGCUGGAUUUAAUUGAAAGUGGAGACAAUAUCAUGGUUGACCGUGGCUUUGACAUAAAGGAAAUUGUGCCCGAGGGUGUCACAGUCAAUAUGCCACCCUUUUUAGCGGGACGAGACCAACUACCUGCAGCAGAGACAGAGGAAACAAUGACCAUUGCCUCUGUACGGAUCCAUGUGGAAAGAGCAAUUGGUCGGAUAAAGACUUACCACAUUUUAGAUGGUAAUCUGCACGAUGACGAUAUUUGA